AUGCACACCGCCGUCACCCACCUCGGCACCGUCAUCCUCCUCGACCGCACCCACAUCGGCUCCAACCUCUCCCUCCCCCGCUGCGCGGGUCCCCGACUGCUCCGCCCACUCCGCCCCUUCGACCCGCACCCGCUCCCUCCGCCCCUACGCAUCAUCACGACACCUGUGCUCCUCCGGCCAGUUCCUCCCGACGGAUCCCUCCUCCAGACCGGCGGCGACCUCGACGGCUUCGCAAGUUCCGCAGAUCAACCCUCCGCUCUCGCCGGCUGGAUCGAGCUCAGCUCCCCGUCCCUCUCGCCGGCCGCUUGUACGCACCGAUCAGAUUCUGCCCAACGGCUCCGUCAUCAUUCGUCGGCGCCGCGCCGCCCUCCGUUGAAUUUACACCGCCGCGCGUUCAUCUCCGCUGCGACCGUUCCCGUUCCUCGCCGCCGCCGGCGACGAGCAGAUGGACAACUCUACCCGUUCGUGCAUUUGUUGCACGGCAACCUCUUCGUCUUCGCCAACUCCCGAUCCGUCGAGUACGACCCCCGAAACGGUGACGUCAUCCGGGAGUUCCCGCCGCUCGCCGCGGGCCCGCGCAACUACCCGUCCGCUGGCUCAUCCGCCAUGCUCCCCCUCACCCCCGGCGCCGGCGGUUACACCGACGCGGAGAUCGUCAUCUGCGGCGGGGCCCAGUACGGGGUCUACUUGCAUCGGGACGCGGAGGCGGCGGCCGGGACCACCUGCGGACGGAUGACCGCGACCGACCCGAACCCGGUCUGGGCGACCGAAGAAAUGCCGAUGCCGAGAAUCAUGGGCGACAUGGUAAUCCUGCCGACCGGAGUUCUGAUCAUCAACGGAGCUUAGCCGGGCUCUCAAGGGUUCGAGCUGGCGUCGAAUCCGGCACUGAACCCGAUUCUGUAUCGACCGGACCAACCGAUCGGCCUCCGUUCAUGUGCUGACCCCGACGACGAUCCGAGAAUGUACCACUCGACCGCCAACUUGCUACCGGACGGAGCGGUUCUACUGGCCGGUAGCAACCCGCACUUAUUUUAUAAGUUCGAUUCGGAGUUCGACGAGUUGCGGAUCGAAGCGUUUUCGCCCGAAUAUUUGGCGGCGGAUAAGGACAACAUCCGGCCAGGAUUGAGGUGGGGCCCGUCAAGGUUGGGUACGGGGUUAGUUCGAGUCCAGGUGGCGGUGAGUCUACCGGCGGUGGGGAUAAUCGAGGUGAACUGGCUGAACGCUCCGUUCGUGACGCACUCGUUCGCGCAGGGCCAGAGGAUGGUGCGGCUGCCGGUGGGGCCCGCGAUGGCGGUGCGGGAGCGGGCGUACGGGUUGCAUCGGUAUCGGGUCGGGUGCAGGUCUCCGCCGACCAGAGUGGCGCCGCCGGGGUUUUAUAUGGUUUUCGCGGUUAACCAGGGAGUGCCAAGCGUGGCUUCAUGGGUCCAGUUGGUAGGCUAGGGCCCGGGCCCGCUCCUUUUGGUGGGCGACAAAAAUAAAAAAUAAAAACCUUUUUUUUCGUCCCCCCGAAUAAGAAAUUGGGUCCAGUAUUGGUGGGCUUGGGUGGAGAGAGGGGAAUCCGAAAUGUGAAUCAUUUGCUCGUGCUUGGUUUGUCUAAUGGGAUGCGGCGCUUAAAAGGCUUAUUAGUAAAGUUGCUUGUAUCUCUCGUAUGGUUUCAAGUGUAAAAGCGUGUAUAUUUUGUUAAAUAAACCAACUGUAACUAACUUUUUUAGCGGAAAGUAUAAGAUCCUUGUGACCGAUGAUGAUUGCUUGUUGGA